CACUGACAGGCGACACUGACUGGCACUGUUAGGCAGCACUGAUAGGUGGCACUGAUUGGCAUUGAUAGGUGGCACUGACUGGCACUGAUGGGUGACAUUGAAAGGCAGCUCAGAUGGGCACUGAUAUGUGGCAUUGAUGUGCACUGGUAUGCACUGAUAUGUGGCAUUGAUGUGGCACUGGCACGUGGCACUGAUGGGCACUGGCAAUGAUGAGCACUGACAGGUGGCACUUCUGGGGCCACACUGAUCAUCAGGGAACACUGAUCAUCAGUGCCCUGAUGAUCAGUGUACAUGUCCCCUCCGCGGAAAGCCGAUUACCGGCUCUGCUCUCCUCUCGAGCUGUCAGCGUGACAGCUCGAGAGAGAAGUGCCGAUAACCGGCAUUUUCGUGUUUACAUGGUGGGCGGAAGGUGG